AUGAAGCUCUCAUUGGCACUUGCUACGCUCGUGGCCACAGCAUUCAGUCAAGAGCUGUGUGCACAGUACGACAGUGCCUCGAGCCCUCCGUACUCAGUGAACAACAACCUCUGGGGACAGGACUCGGGAACCGGCUCUCAGUGCGUCUACGUUGACAACCUCUCCAGCUCAGGCGCUGCGUGGCACACUACUUGGACCUGGAACGGUGGAGAAGGCAGUGUGAAAAGCUAUUCCAACUCUGCAGUCACCUUCGACAAAAAGCUCGUGAGCGAUGUCCAGAGUAUCCCCACCGACGUGGAGUGGAGUCAGGAUAACACUAAUGUCAACGCCGAUGUGGCGUACGACCUGUUUACCGCUGCGGACCAGAACCACGUCACCUAUAGCGGCGAUUAUGAACUGAUGAUUUGGCUCGCACGCUACGGUACUAUUCAGCCCAUCGGAACCCAAAUCGAUACCGCUACAGUUGAAGGCCAUACCUGGGAACUGUGGUACGGCACCACCAUCCAGGCAGGCGCCGAGCAGAAAACGUACAGCUUCGUCUCGGCAACCCCAAUCAACACCUUCGGCGGGGACAUUAAAAAGUUUUUCGACUAUAUCACAUCUAAGCACAGUUUCCCUGCUUCUGCCCAGUACUUGAUCAAUAUGCAGUUCGGAACUGAGCCGUUUACCGGUGGCCCUGUUACUUUCACAGUUCCCAACUGGACUGCCAGUGUCAACUAA